UUUUGUCAUUUUUUGUGUACAUUCAUAUUAAACCACAUGUCUUUGUUUUCUUGUCUGUACAUAGUCGAAUCACUGGUCACUGGGAGGGCAGUACGGGAUCUAUUUUAAAAUGAGCAUUUUAGCAUGGUUACAACAAUCGGUACUGUUAAGUUGGUCUACUCAAAGUCAAGUAAAUAUUUGUUAACCAGUUAUAGUAUAUAUAUGGCUGUAAAUCACGCAAUGUUGGUUGUACAUUAAGUACACAAAGGUCAGACAAGUGUUUACGCGACGGAUCUUCCCGCAAUAUCUUCCCCUCAGAGAACCGGCCGUGUUAGCCAAUCAGAGACCUCGUUUCAUCCCAGGUACCCGGAUGUACCCGUAGGGCAAUUACCUACGUCAUUGUUCACCGCCGGACACCCGCUGGAAAUAAGGAAUGGAUUUACAACCGCUAUUAACGUAUUCAUAACAGAUUCCAGCAAUGAACAAUGACCAUAGUUGACAGAGCUUCAGAAAAGUCUGACCACGAGUCAGUCGGGUGUAAGCGCUCUCCCUUCACCAGUGGAGACGUGGGGAUGGACGGCAGCUGUUCCAGCAGCUGGGCGAUGGGUCCCUCCAUGUCCGGCGACUCUCCGAGGCUGAAGUCCGCUGGAGGCUGCCUGGGCCCAACGCCCGGGGCCGCAGUCUACAACAGCACACCCUCCUCGGGGGACCGGCCCAAGGAGCAAGUAAUGAGUGGUGGUGAUGGCAUUGAGUCGCCCCAGAAGGUGCUUUUCCUUCAAGAGCGGCUCAACCUAAAGUGGACUCAGGUUCACCGCAUUGGUGCAGGCCUGCAGAACAUGGGGAACACCUGCUUUCUCAACUCAGCCCUGCAGUGUCUCACUUACACACCUCCUUUUACUAACUAUUUGCUGACUCGGGAGCACUCCAAAACAUGUCACGAGCCGGGGUUCUGUAUGAUGUGCACCAUGCAAAACCAUAUCAUUCAGGUUUUUGCAAACUCUGGAAACGUCAUUAAGCCCAUUGGUGUGCUGAAUGAGCUCAAAAGGAUUGCUAAGCACUUCCGCUAUGGAAGCCAGGAGGAUGCCCACGAGUUCCUGCGGUACACAGUGGACUCUAUGCAAAAGUCCUGCUUACCUGGAACCAAAUUGGACCGGCAAACGCAGGCAACCACUUUCAUCCAUCAGGUAUUUGGCGGCUACCUUCGGUCCAGAGUUAAAUGUUUAAACUGCAAAGCAGUCUCUGAUACAUUCGACCCUUUUCUAGAUAUUACUCUGGAAAUUAAGACGGCUCCCAGUGUCUCCAAGGCUCUGGAGCAGUUCGUCAAGCCUGAACAGCUGGAUGGAGAAAAUGCCUACAAAUGCACCAAGUGCAAAAAAAUGGUCACGGCCUCCAAGAGAUUCACCAUCCACCGCAGUUCAAAUGUGCUCACCCUCUCACUCAAACGCUUUGCAAACUUCAGUGGAGGCAAAAUCACAAAGGAUGUGAAAUAUCCAGAGUUCCUGGACCUGCGGCCCUUCACGUCUCAGUCUCAAGGGGAGCCCCUGGUCUACGGGCUGUAUGCUGUGCUCGUCCACUCGGGAUUCAGCUGUCACGCUGGACACUACUUCUGCUACGUUAAGGCCAGCAAUGGGCAGUGGUAUCAGAUGAACGACUCGUCCGUGUCAGUCAGCGACAUCCGCUCCGUCCUCAACCAGCAGGCCUACGUCCUUUUCUACGUCAAGUCCCGUGAAGUGAAACGAGCAGGCGACUACAGCCACAUGAGCCAUAACCCAGGCGUCCCUGGUCAGUCUUCUCCACGGCCGGUGGUGAUACCACGGAUCAACAUGGGCUUCAUAGGUCCACAGCUGCCCCCACACAUGACCAAGCGCAAUCUCCACCUUAAUGGGAAUGGAUCUCUGAGGGACUAUCCCACCAACUCCAAGCCCAGCACCAGUGUUGUGGGCAAACCUAACCACGGACCGGCCUCUUCCUCUUCUUCCAUCUCCAACUCAAUCAGCCGGCCCACAAUGAUCCCGGACCACGACAAGCGCCAGAAACUUUCCUUCUUCAUUGGACAAGGCAAACUGAACCGCCCGUUGUCCUCGUCUUCGUCGUCCUCGUCCUCCUCUCACAGCCAGCCGUCCUCUGCCAGCAGCAGCUGCUCCUCCAGCUCUUUAUCCUCCUCACAGUCUACCUCAGACGUUCGCUUCGUUCCACGUCAGCUUCACCACGGUAACGGCGUGUCCCGCAGUAACGGGGAUCACCACACGGGAGGGAACGGAGCGUCCUUCUUGGUGCCGUACGGCCAAGAGUCUUCGGAGGAAUCGGACCAGGAGAACUGUGGCUCUCUGGCGGCGUCCCACUUUAAUGGCAACAAGCGAACGGGAGCCGCCUUUGACCAAUCCGCUCGAGCCACCAAUGGACUGUCAGGAGCGCACCACCAUGGCAACGGAUUAAACGGGCCAACCAAUGGCGUCUCCGAACCCAGUCAGAACGGACACCACUAUGAACACCACAAAGUGAACGGACACAACCCCCCCGAUAAAGCUGUGACUCCUGUUGCUGCUAAUGGACUAGACCGUGAGCACAGUCAAACAAGUGAAGAGGCGCAUAAUUCCUCCUCAUCCAAGGCCAGUCCUUCUCAGAGUGUCCACCCUGCGUCCAGUGAAAGUCACCUCCUCUCCCCUCCGGACACGAGGGCUAACGACGUGUCUGAACCCCUCCCUCGGGAUGCAGCGUCCUCUGCCGUUAGCGCUCCGCCCGCCGCUACUCCAACAAAGACCCACCCCGUCUCGUCUAAAGAGGCCGCUUCCCCCGCGGCUCGCCGUUGCGACCCUACGACCUUCUCCAUCACGCCGGACUGCUCCCAAAAAAACGACGGGGUCUCUGCAGCGCCACAGAAGGUCUGCAGCGGUGGGGAGGAAGCGAGAGAUUCACCACCGACCUGCAAUGCGUCCGCAGGAGCUGAAAGACGCAGAGAUUCUGAUUCCAAGGAAAAACACCGGUCCAAGCCCAGUUCAAUAGGCAAAGAAGAGCGCGAGAGAGACCGAUCGCACGCUGACCGGGACAGAGACCGGGACAGACCCUACAGGGACCGGAGUCACAGGCGGGACCCCAGAGACCACCACCACCAGCGGCCGUACCAGCAGCGCUUUCCUCCUCACAGCCGCCCCUACAGGGACCGGGAGUCCGAGCGCAGCCUCCAGCACUCGAGGGAGCGCGACCGAUGCUCCAAUCAUUACCACCACUCUCACAGCCGCCGCUACAAAGAGGAGCGGGACCGGAGGGGACACGGCUGCCCCCCCAGGGAGAGGUCUCACGAUCGAGGGAGGUGGCGGCCAGACAGCAGGGACAGGAGCAGCGCCGGAGAGAGGGGCCGCUAUCCGUCAAAAGAAGAGCCUGAAACCUCCACAAAGUCCAAGGGCUCGCCCACUCAGGCCCGUCGCUCCACGUCCCAAUCGGCUGAUCCUCAGAGGGAGGAGAGCUCCGAGGCGCGGCGCUCCAGAAAACACAAAAAGAGCAAGAAAAAGAAGAAGUCGAGGGAUAAGGACCGGCGCCGUGACAGCGGAAGCUCCGAAGUGGAUUCAGACCGAGCCAAUGAAACGAAGAAGAGGAGGAAAAAGAAGAAGCGGGCGCGGAGCGGCGAGCCGCGCGGCCUGGGAGCAGCUCGCCGCCAGAGCAGCAGAAGCAGCGAGGAGAAGGAGAGCCGCAAGCGUCGCCACGACGACGCCAAGGAGGCUCAGCGCGGCCGCGUGUUUCUGCCAGAGAAGCGGCGGUGCACCGACUACACGGGUCCGCUCUCCGCCACCAACGGUUCAAGCCACCACCAUCUCAACGGACACAGAGCCACUGGAGGCUCCCCCCCUCCCAAGUCGGCCUCACAGACCCCCCACGCGUGGAAAUAACGGCGUGCAGCUGGUCCUUCGGGUGGGCUUUAGAACAGUGGCUGCAGGUAUUUAUGCUCCACGCUAUGCAAACAGAUGUAUGGGGGCCUCUUCUCAUUUCACAUUUUAACAGCAGCAGAGAAAUGACAUAAAGGACUUUUCUUUCGACGUGGUGCUUCUUUGUUGGGGUCAUAUUGUAUUUUUACCACAAAAAAAGUGUUUUAAGUGUUAAGAGCUCUUUUUUCUUUUUCUAGGGCACAUUCAUUUGCCUCAAUUCUCCUAAAGCGUUAGUAAGAAAACGAUAAACAUUUAUGAUGAAGAAUAUUAAUAUAUACUCUAAUGAACUCUGCUUGGAGCUUGAACAUGUCAACUGCUGCUCAGUGGAACUCAGGACUUGAACACUUGUUAAAAUCCUUGGGGGAUUUCCACCUGCUUCAAACCCGAAGGAGGCUAAAGGGAAACACGUUGCCAAGGAGACGGUUUAAGAUGUCACCGUAUCUACGGCUGUCUUUGAGUUCUUCCUGUGAUCCCACUGGGAGCGGAUGAACGGAUGAAUGAGAAACCUCGUUAACCUGGACCGACUUGAGGACAUUUCCCAGCUCUUUGUUUUUAAUUUGGUUUGCAUCGCUGCUCUGAAGCCGAAGAUUCACCUUUUCACAGAUACAAAGGUUUCGUUCCUCUGGAUCAUGCCUCUCACCUCUUUAUUUUAUUUUUAAACAUUUAAAAGACAUGUGUUCUGGCUGUGGACCAUUUGAGUUUUUAAUGAAAAAUACAGUUCUAGCGUGAUAAAAAUACUGUGAAUUUAAUUUGAACUGUACUAUCAGUUACUUUUAUACGUAAAAUCCUGUAUCAGGGUUAUCUGUAGAUGUUUUACUUUACUUGUUUUUAGAAACAUUCAUCUUCGAUUUGACCUUUUUAACUUUAGACAGAAGUCAAACUGCUGUUGUACCUUUUUAGUUUAGCAUGUCAGAAUUUAU